GCGAGCAACUCAAUAUAGCCAUAAGGACAAGCGUUAGAACGGGCGCGUGAUAUGGCGAAAAGCUGUCUGCUUUCGCUGGCUUUCCGUCUGCUAUUACUUCUUGUCUGUUCAUAUCACAUUCACGGCGAUGUUUAUAUGCACAAUCCCAGAGGAUCCAACGACAGACUGAAUAGCCCUGGUCAAAAUAGGCAGAAUGGAAAUCGUUUGUUCGACUCACAAAACAAUGCUAAAGGUGGUUAUAACGUUGGAGAACUGCCUUAUCAUAACGGCGCUCACCAGCAAGAUCUCCAAUAUUCCAUGAAAUAUUUUAUGAGCGGCAGCAAGUUUAUCUCGUCUCCUAAAAAAGCUGGUAAAUCUCACCUAGUCAUCGAAUGGACAAGCCAACAUGGUUGUGGUCAUGGAGACCUCGAUUGUAACGUUGUGUUGCAGUAUAUGUGUCAGAACGAUCAGUUCGAAAGCUUCGAUAGGCGUAAAGCCAGCAUUGACACGAUUCGCAAUGGUAAAACUGAGGGAACGAUACCCUAUAGAGCACAUUCAGAUGGAUUUUUGGGGAACCCGGAAAAUAAAAAGAAUGUGAAAAAACAGGCUUCCAGACUCGAGUUUGGAAUGCAUGAACCCUGGGAAUGGUACGAUAAAUGUUAUCGAAGGCCACGGAAUAAAGGUUUGUUUACAGCAGAUCAAAAUGUAAAAGACGACCAAGGAAGUACAGCGACUAGACAAGAUCCGAACGGUGGUAACGCCGGCCGUAAUGGCUACGAAUGUCCAGAAGAACGCGAUUAUUUUCCCUACUGGCAUCCGAGCGAUUGGAAAGAUAUAGCUGUUUAUGUUACCAACAAAGAGCAUUGUGAUUUUUACAAGCAUUUUAGUUUUAAUCGACACCCAAAAGGAGAAUGUCUGGAGAAGUAUAACGGCGGCGAAAAGUUCAAACAUUAUUCAAGAUACAAUAAUCCCACUGACUGCAAAGCAAAUGGAAAAGAUUGGAUCGUUUUCCGCAGUUUCAUUGAUAUAAAAGACGAAUACAAAAAUAAGGCGAGUUGUGAGCAAGCGACGACUAAAGAUGUCCCGCUUGUUUGGGGCGUUCCGUACAAAUCCGAACUCGUAGAUAGUCUUGAAUUAGACCCAGUUACCAAAAAACCCAAAGAGUUCUGUCUGGUUCAACCACCUGAGCUUGACUGUAAAGUGUCCCCUGUCUCGCGUCCAAAUCACCUUGGCAACGUCGUGGAUUCGUACGCCAUGAACUACACUUGGAUUAUUCCGUAUUUUCCUUCACAAAACCAGAAACGUUGUGUAGUCCGAAUAAGAUACAACAUCUCCACGUAUGAUUACGAUGGGAAUAAAACCUUCAGCGAUAAAAAUGGGGCCCAAAAUUCACCUGUGACAAAUGACCCUAAGGUCGCGUUCAAAAAUGAUUUGGGAAAUGACUUCGACUUGCAGUUGGCAGUCAAUACCGCUCAAUUCGGCAGAACUUUUCAAGACAGAAGCCAUGUUAUGAUAUUGAUGGCACGAACAAACAAGAUAUCGGACGAUGUCGCAGUGUAUAAUCUUAAUGUCCGUGGCAAACGAGGAAAUAUCGUUCAGGUUUACCCUGCUGUGGAGUAUGAUUUUGUUCCGAAGUCUCUUUACGUCACCAGUGACGAUAUAGUUCACAUUCAAUGGACAGGCUCAACACGAAAUCCUGGGAAUAAUGACGGUGAAGGAAGAGCGGGUACUGAUAAGAAUAACAUGGUCGAAAUUGAUGAUUCGGGAACGAAUGUGAAAUUUAAGGAAAACAGCCAAAUGAUUCGCGGUGCAACGUUGAAAUGGACGCCGGACAUUCAACUGAAAACUAUGGAAGACGUCGCUGUGGCUCUCGCAACGUCGGGAUUUGAUUUCACUGGAGGAAAAAAUAAUAGAUUAGGUGUAUCCGAGAACCGAAGAUUAAACUUUCAAAAUCAACUUGAUAACUCGCCCGCUUCCUUCGGGACUGCCCUAUCCUUCGCGCCAGGCUCCUAUAAAUACAUGUGCACGAGGAAUAACAACUUCAGCAAUCGUAAUCAAAAAGGAACGAUCAUAGUCACGGCCGGUACGAACAAACCUUCGCCUGGUAACAAUGUUUUAGGUGGGGUGAGGGCGCCUCCUGGUUCCAAUUCUGUUGUGACCUCUCGCCCUGCGGUAACAACACCCGCCCCUACAACCCACUCCACCACAACCCCGGCACCCCCCAGAAGACGCCGUUCUCGACGUCGUCGCAUUAGACGUCGUCGUGUAAGACGUCGUCGCGUAAGACGCCGCCGUCGUUCACGUGGUUAAAUCGAUUCCAAAAGUGGUUAAAGUGUUAUUUCUGCCAUUUUACUAUAUCAAACAUAUUUUUCACAUUCUACAACACGUGCCGGUGACUUAGCCUUCAAAUAAUACGUUUCACAGUACCUGAAACAAAUUCAAAUAUUCCUAUUCUAAAUUCAAACAGAACCAUGCACUCAUUUUUAGUUAUCGUUCCCUCGUGCUUAUGUCCCCAACGAAAGAAUUUUAUCAAUUCAAACUGCGCGGAAUUGUAGAGUAUAUCCUAAGGUUUUUUGGCGAGAAAAAGCUUCUCUUUCAGUAACUUUUUUUGGCCAAAAAAAGCCCCUCCUUCUGUAACUUUUUUUCUGUUUCUCUAAAUUCGCUUCGCUAAGUCCUAGCACAUUCUCACCUAGUAUGCAAUUGCACUUUUAUGUAUGGCAUUAAUGUACUGGAAUGGCACACGUUUAGCUGCUAUAUUAGUAAUUCACAAAAACGAAAUAUAUCACGUUUUAAAUAAAGUUGUUUUUUACAAA